AUGCAACGUAUGAUUAAACAAAAAGAAAUGUCAAGUCAUCAUUCCGAUGCAGAAAAUAUUGAACAUAGUGAAGCCAUGCUACAAAAGCACCGCAACUCUCUCCAUGGAACGUUACACAUCAAACCAAUAAUAAUGAUCAGUCGUUUAAAACAAAAAGUAAAGGCAAAACGAAAUGAGAGAGGCUCACAAGCUGAACUAUCCGACGGCGCAUCAACUCAGUACGGCGAAGAACGAACAUCGACGAAAAGUGCCAAACAAGCCAGUCCCAAUGAUUCGCCCACAGAAUCAUCUACAGCACAAGAUCGCUCUCGUUCCCACACAUCACCAGCUGUUCUAACAAAAAGAAAGUCCUCAAGCGAAAACGGAACGAACAAUGAUAUCACACGCGAUACUGUUUUUGAAACGGAAGAACAGAAUUCCGUAACACAAGAUAACGAUGAAGAUAACAAAACAAGCACUCUUUCUGAUGCGCAUAAAAAAACAAAGGAAACAAAACGAAAAUGCUUGCAAUCAUCGAAAUCUCUUCCCGAGUCGAAUCAUCAGAAGCGACGACUACCAGUCCGACGAACGGCUUUUCAAAUUCGUGACGAAGAUUUCGCAUCGAUAUUUUGCGAUUUGCCAUCCAACGAACAGCUAAUCAUCGCGUUUCCAUGUGCUUUGCGAAAAGAUGUUUACAUACACGGACGAAUGUUCCUUUCCGCGAAUUAUAUUUCAUUUUACACAUGUUUUUUCAAAUGGGAAGAAAGAUUGUCUAUACCUUAUACAGAUAUCAUUAGUAUCACACGAGAGAAGGCGGCUAAGCUUGUGCCAAACGCAAUUAAAAUACGAACAAAAAACCAAGAACAGUAUAUAUUCGUCAGUGUAAUACCAAGAGAGAAGGUCUUUCUCGCUGUUUUCCGAAUCUGGCAAAACACGCUACUUGAUCAACCAUUAGAUUACAAUCAAUUACGAGCACUUGUAUAUAAUGAUCAACAACACCAUGAUGAAACCAGUGGAGAUAGUGAAGAAUCACUCAGUCUGGAAAAUGUCAACGGAGCUACUUCAUCUGAGUAUGGAUUACAGACGCAAUCGCUUCCGACAGCUUCCAGUCGAACAGUCGAAGAACGUAAAGAAACGAAAUUGUCUAAACAACAGACUUUGUCUUCACUAUCAGAAAACGAAAUUGAACCUUAUCUCCCAUCCUGUACAUGUGAAACACACUAUGCCAAAACAUUCGCGGAUCGUCUAUUGAGUUAUAAUGUUGAUACACUUUUUGAAUAUCUUACUGGUGAUAAUGAAUUCAAUCGAAGUUUCCAUAGCGCACAAAAACUAACUGACUAUGUCUAUGGCGAAUGGACAGUGAAUCCUGAGACAGGAAAACGUGAACGUAUAGUAACAUACAAAACAAUCAAUCAAUCAAUUCUCGGUACAAAUACUCUCAGUUGUCGAGAAAAACAGACAUUACUUGUCGAACAACCACAUGUUAUGUACAUUUUGAAGUCAGAAGUGUAUAAUGAAGGUGUGAAAUAUACCGAUGCAUUCUUUGUUGCAACACAAUUUUGUAUGACUCAGCGUGAUGCUGAACACAGUUCCAUACGAAUCAGUGCGGAAAUAAAUUAUAUCAAAAGUGUGAAUAGUUUUGUGAAAUCGUUUAUUGAGAAAAAUUCCUAUGCUGCUAUCGAAGGCGGUGUCAAUGAACAAGUUCGAAGACUAGCAGAACAAGAAAACAAACAAUCAAAACGUAAACAAAAUAGAAAAACAGUCGUUGUUUCAAAAAGUCGUGAACGUAGAGAGUCCAAUGAAGAUAUAUGUUCAAGUGAAACAUCACAAGAUUCAGUAGUCAAUACAAUUGCUUCAAAUGAAUCGAAGUUAUCUCCAACUACUGGAGAUAAUAUUAUAUACAAUAUCGCCAUUUUUAUUGGAGUUUGUCUAUUAGUGCUACAUAUUUAUUUAUGUUAUAAACUUCAUUCGGUUGAUCAAAGUUUGUUAACAUUAGAUUCGGCUUGUUUGGAUCAAUGUCGACAAACUUGUAUGUCGAACAAUUCGCAUCGAUGA